AUGUCAUCUUCCAACUACCCUGCAGCACCGCCGUCGUACACGGCACCCAAAGGCUACACCGCGGUACCGCAGCACGAAACGCCAGCUCCAUCGUACGGAGCAGCCGAAACCAGCACGAUCCCGCGCAAUGUCGACGAGGAAGGCGAUCCGGACGAUUUCAAGUUCGGUGUGACAGUCGAGCAGUCAUCUCCCGAGAUCCGUGCCAUGUUCCUGCGCAAGGUGUACAGCGUGCUCUUCUUCCAGAUCCUCGGAACGACCGUGAUUGCGGCGCUCAUGACGACGCAAGGCGUGGCGGCGUGGGUGCAGCGCAACCAGUGGUCGUUCAUCGUCCCCAUGGUCGGCAGCCUUAUCACCAUGGGCGUGCUCUACUUCAAACGCCACUCUCACCCCACCAACAUCAUUCUGCUGGGAUUGUUCACGGUGCUGGAGUCGUUGUCGCUGGGAACAGUGAUCACGUACGUCGACCAGAAGAUCGUGCUGCAAGCCAUGGUGAUCACGGCAUUCACGUUCUUCGGACUGACGCUCUUUACGCUGCAGAGCAAGUGGGACUUUAGCAGUAUGGGCGGCUGGCUCUUCGGCGGACUCAUGGUGCUCGUCGGCGUCGGCUUUGUGGGUGUGUUCCUGCCCUACAACCAGACGUUCGACUUGAUCAUGGCCGGUGCCGGCUGCGUCAUCUUCAGUCUCUACAUCGUCUACGACACCUGGCUCAUCCAGCGCAGGCUCAGCGCAGAGGAGUGGGUGCUCGCCAACAUCAGUCUGUAUCUGGACAUUGUCAACCUGUUCAUCAGCGUUCUGCGCAUCUUGAACAACCAGUCCCGCGAUUAG